UUAAAUAACGAUAAGUGUAUACAUUAGGAAAUAGAGAUGGGAUUCCCUAUAAUAUCCCCUUCCUUCAUUUUAAAACGAGAUGUGAUUUUUUCACAAGGACGUCAUUGAAUUAACGAAUAUAAUGGGUAUUUGGUAUGCUAAAGCCGAUAUACAUGUACGCAGUAAGCCUUCUCCACAAUUAAAUGUAAUCACUCGGUGCAUACAGGAUUAACAUUGGGAUAUUACCAUUAAUAUAUGUACCCGAUAUUGUACUUGUUUGUAAAGAAAAUGUGUUAUUUAAAAAAAAGUACUGAGUUUGUUCGACAGGGAAAUCUUUAAUGGUAUUUUAUAUUCGUGGUGUCUAUGAAUAAUUCAAAACUGUUAUGGGCACAAGGAAAUAAACAAUGACGACGAAUACUACAGGAAAACCUGACCUCACAGUGUAUUAAUGUCCGUGCACCCUUAUGUCUGCUCCUAUAGACGGCCCUGUUUUGGUGUCUGUCGCACCUUACGUGUUUGUUCAGGAUUGAAUCGCGAGCUUGUCAGUUAAAACUGGUUAAACCGGAUGGGUUGGUUCUAUAAUAUAUCUAAAUAUAUAUUACUAAAUCAAUCAUAAGUGUUUCUGCUGUAUAGUGUGUGUGGAUUACAACAUAAACCAGUCAGUUUCAUGCUCUGUGGAGUCUCCGACUCAUCAAUUUGUAUAGAGCAGUUCACACUUCCCGACGACUAGGGACGAAAUGACUCUAUGGCUGUUCGUAUUUUUGUGGACGUUAUUUAGUUUAAGCAGAGAUUCGGUCGGGACAGUGUGUUCAGAUGCAGUUACAGAUGGAACUACAGUGCUGAAGAUGUGUGAGGACGGUAAUGUCGUAGGUGAACGUGUGGUUAUAGACACGUACGAGUCAUCUGGGUACAGAAAUGAUGGCGGCAGUAUCAACUGUUCCUGUACGGCAACACUGGGGGGACUUUCCGACGGGACGUUGACAACCGUUGAUUUUGGACCUGUCAAGACGUUAUACCCUCCGUCUGGAUGUGGAAGUUCUGUUACUCUGACUCCACAGCUACAGCUACAAGGUUUCCAAACGCACUCAAAUAAGUUCUUUUGUAGUGUUACCAAUGUUACAUUCAACAGUGUUAGGAACAACGACACAUUCACUGUUGUAUGGGAUUCCGGGCCCAGUGGGAGUACGUCAGACUAUUGUCUUCAUUUAAGGCAGGCACGGGGUCAUCAUUAUCUCUAAAAUGUAGUCCGAGUUUAACGACGACGGGAAGUACGACAGCGGCCACAUCGUCAGUAACGACAACAACUAGUACUACAUCUCCAACCACAGCCAGUCCUACUUCUCCAACCACAGCCAGUCCUACUUCUCCAACCACAGCCAGUCCUACUUCUCCAACCACAGCCAGUCCUACUUCUCCCAUCACUACCAGUACUGACAGGGAAACCACUGUUUCUUCAACUAAGUCCGCCAUUGUAACGGAGGAAACAACACUAGCAGAUCCAAAUAAAGAGAAAUUGGACAUGCCGGUAAUCAUCGCCAUUGCUGUAGGGGGCGUGGUCUUUCUCGUCAUCUGCAUUAUUAUAGUCAUCUUAUACUCAAGAAGGAAAAGAAAACAGAAGGAACCCAGAGAAACAGCAAGCGUAGUGCAUAAUAAUAUAUAUGAUACAAGGAGAAUGUAUCUACCGGAUACGGAAAUCAGACACAUAGCGACACCUAGUGGCGAUAUGUAUGCACAGGUAGAAAAGAAUUCAAAUAUGGAAACAGCGAUGGAUUCAAACGAUCUAUCUUUUGAACUGGAACAGGAAAUAGAACACGUGGUGACAUCUAGUGGUGAUAUAUAUGCACAAGUAUCAAAGGAUUCAAAUGAGAAAACAGUGAAAGAUUCAAACGAUUUACCUCAUGAACCGGAACAGGAAAUAGAACAUGUGGUGACACCUAGUGGUGAUAUAUAUGCACAAGUUGAGAAGACGUCUGAAGAUGUGUACUUGUGAUAUCAGGAUGUACAGUUUUAUAGUAGCUGUCACUGGAAUGUUUAAUUCAAACUCAAUGUGACAGUGCUCUAUCUGGUCCGUCCAAGAGAACAGACAACUGUUGUUGGCCAGAACGCCUCAAGUGACAAUCUGUACAUGAGAAGAAGAGUUCAUUGUUCUUGAAAGCAGACUAUGGAAUAUUUAUGCUUAAGAUAAAUGUUUGCUUUGUACAAAUCCUAAAUAUAAUGAUAGAAACAAGCACGUGCGUUCAUUUUGAUACAUGUCUGUACUUCAAACAAUGCAAAUCAAAUAGAACCAUUGUAUUGACCAUCA